CAGGGGUCUGUACAAGGACGUGAUGAUGGAGAAUCACCGGCCCCUCACAUCACUGGAUGGGCUCAGUAACAGAGAUACCCCAGAGAGAUGUCCCCGUGCUCUGUAUUCCCAGGAUUGUACAGAGGAGAAUCACAGGACCCCACAGGAGGAUCGGGUAGAACGUCUGUCUAAUAUUAAAACAGAAGAUAUAGAGGAAGAAGAAGACACGUAUGUGACUGCUAUAAAGGCAGAAGAUAUAGAGGGAGAACAAGACACGUAUGUGACUGAUAUAAAGGCAGAAGAUGUAGAGGGAGAAGAAGAGACGUAUGUGACUGAUAUAAAGGCAGAAGAUAUAGAAGGAGAAGAGAUGUAUGUGACUGAUAUAACGGCAGAAGAUAUAGAGGGAGAAGAUGGGACGUAUUUGACUGAUAUAAAGGCAGAAGAUACAGAGGAAGAAGAAGAGACGUAUGUGAGGGGUGAUCAGCAGUGUAAGGAGGAGGAGAUCCCUACAGAUAUCGGCACAGCAGACGGACACACAAGCAGGAAUAUCUCAGAAGGACAUCUAAUGUUAUCCCCGGAUUGUGACAUAAAAGAUAAUGACAGUAGACAGGAUUCUUCAGGAGAUAAUCCCAUUACACCAGUUAUACAUCCAGCUUUAUCAGCUGAUCCCUCUGAUCCUGGGAAAUGUUCUCCUGAUCAGUCUGAUAUUGGUGCAUCUGUUCCAGCUCUGACAGUAGAUACAGUGUUUCCAUGUUCUAUAGAUGCCAAAUGUUUUACACAAAACACAAAGCCUAUUAACCCACACACAGGUAAGGCAGGUGGAAGGCCACUGAUAUGUUCUGAGUGUGGGAAAUGUUUUACAUACAAAGCAGCUUUUGUUACACAUCAGAAAACUCACACAGGUGAGAAACCAUUUCCAUGCUCUGAGUGUGGGAAAUGUUUUACAUACAAAUCAGCUUUUGUUACACAUCAGAGAUAUCACACAGGUGAUAGGCCAUUUCCGUGUUCUGAGUGUGGAAAAUGUUUUAUACAAAAAUCACGUCUUGUUAUACACGAGAGAAGUCACACUGGUGAAAAACCAUUUACAUGUUCUGAGUGUGGAAAAUGUUUUAUUCGAAAAUCAACUCUUGUUAUACAUGAGAGAAGUCACAAUGGUGAGAAACCAUUUCCAUGUUCUGAGUGUGAGAAAUGUUUUAUAUAUAAGUCACAACUUGUUAGACAUGAGAGAUAUCACACAGGUGAGAAACCAUUUCCAUGUUCUGAGUGUGGAAAAUGUUUUAUUCAAAGCUCAGCUCUUUUUAUACAUAAGAAAAGUCACACAGGUGAGAAACCAUUUCCAUGUUCUGAGUGUGGGAAAUGUUUUAUACAUAAGUCACAACUUGUUACACAUCAGAGGAGAAGUCACAUAGGUGAAAAACCAUUUCCAUGUUCUGAGUGUGGAAAAUGUUUUAUACAUAAGUCACAUCUUAUUACACAUCAGAGAAGUCACACAGGUGAAAAACCAUUUCCAUGUUCUGAGUGUGGGAAAUGUUUUGUAAACAAAUCAGCUCUUGUUAGACAUGAGAGAAAUCACACAGGUGAGAAACCAUUUCAAUGUUCUGAGUGUGGUAAAUGUUUUGUACAGAAAUCAGAUCUUGUUACACAUGAGAGACGUCACACAGGUGAGAAACCAUUUCUAUGUUCUGAGUGUGGGAAAUGUUUUGCACACAAAUCACAUCUCGUUAGACAUGAGAAAAGUCACAUGUUCUGAGUUUGAGAAGUAAAUCAGCUGUUUCACACAAUAGACAUCACACAGGUGAGGAACCGUUAUUAUCUCAUCAUCACCAUUGCCAUGCAAUGUUCCUCAAGGUCCUGUCCUAUCUCCUAUGCUUUUUGCAAUAUACCUGCUGCCACUAGGUGAAUCAAUCAGAUGUCAUGCCCUGGUCUACCACUGCUGUGCCGAUUACCUAUUUUUUGCUCUGUGUACUCGGAACCCAAUACCAAUCCUAAGUGGCUGUCUAGCUGAGCUCCAGGUGUGGGUGAUACCAGUUGGCUGUGACUAAGUUGUGGUGAAACAUCCUUAUGAUAGAGACUCACCUACAAAGGGCAAGGCUACUGCGUUACCAACCAAUAUGGGGGAAGCUUUCUGUCUGACCUCUCAUUACACAACGUAUCCUGAUCCCGGCUCUAUGUGACCUCUCACAUCUAUCACUUGUGUCACAUUACAUCUUAUACCUGUAGUUUUAUGUUUCUGUUUCCCUGUUACCUGUUCUGUAAGAUCACCUGCUCUCAUUGUGUGAGGGGGAGGGGGGGGGUUCACUUUCUAGCAUGAGUGGUAGUUUCUGGAAUUGGAUCGCCCAGAGGAGUGUGGGAGUACCAGCCUGGAGGUGACAGGGGUUAGUUCCUAUUACCUAAUGAUAGGGAUACGGUCUGACUGUCACGUUCCUGGUACACACCGCCGCUCUGCCUAAUAAUGAUUGCCACUUUACAUAUGUGCAGCAAACAUGACACACUACUCAUAGAUCAAGUGGAAAAAGAAAUAGAGGAAUUGGGUCACAACCUAGAAAUUUGGGAAAAAGAUUUGUCAUUUCAAACAGCUUUUGAAAAACAUCAAAAAGAACUGAAGCUUUACGAACAAACAAUAGUAGAUCGGAAGCGGGACAAAUUUAUCAGGGAUAAACGAGAUUUCUCACGUGGGGACAUUUUCAGGUGGAAUUCCAUACCCCACAACAGAAAUCGAAGACAGAGGGACGACUCGACUUUCUCAGAAUUUGAAUCUUCAAAUAGUGGGGACUCAUCCAGCGAGACUCCAGACAACACCAGAUUUAACCAGGGAGAUGGAGAAUUUUCCCCACGUUUUUUAGGCCAGGGUUCGAAACAAAGAGGCCGAGACAAAAACCAAGGAAAACCCGGCGGGGGGGAAAGAAGAGGCGACAGACGCAACCCAGACUGGGACACAUCGAGGACUGCCAGGUAUCCGGCCCGACAGAGGAAGACCCUACGGUAACUCACCUGUCCACAUCCUCAUUACAGGUUAUUAACCUAUCUGGGAGACCCCUUUCAUCUGCACACAUGGCUGUGUUGGCCAAAGGCCUCUCUU